AACGACUAAUAAAGUAGUUGUUGCUCUAAUAUCAGGGUUAUUAAAACGUUUAUUGAAUGUUCUAUGACAAGGAUGUAAUGUUGAUAUGGCCGAUUGCCUGUCCUGAAACUAUUUCUAAAUGACCGGAAUACAUUUUCAUAAGACAGAAUUAAUAUUAUAAAAAUGGAUGACACAAAUAUCGGAAUGAAGUCCUAUGACUUCGUCUUCCUGUUUAACAAGACUUCCGGUAGUCCGCGGGUGCAGUACUUCAUGGUGGACCCAUGGACCAAGACUCGAAUCUUCCCGAAAUGUAACUCACUCGUGUUCAACAAACUCACGCACCUCGUGGGCUUCCGGCCAGUUGUACUGGACGGCUGUCUCUACAUUAUUGGCGGGAAGGACUGGGAGUCGGGACAGUACCGCGCGCAGACCUGGAGGUACGAUCCUGCAACCAGUCGAUGGAGUGGCCGAGCAUCUAUGCUUGAAGCAAGAUGUCGACACACCGCCGACGUUCUCAAUGGCUGUAUUUACGUCACAGGAGGGGAGAUCCAUGGCGGAGGGGUGACAGAUCUUUGUGAGUCCUAUGACCCAGUGCUCAACUCCUGGACCUCAAUCAGCUGUCUGCCCCGCCCCCGGGCUGACCACGCCGCUUGUGUAAACGACGGCAGUCUCUAUGUUUCCGGAGGCAUCAGUAACCUCAAACAUCAGUGUUCCAACGUGUUCUGGGUGUAUGACGCGGUUGCGAACGAGUGGGAUGAACCUAUUCAGGGUAUAAUUUUGCCUCACGAGCGGGAAAAACAUAAUAUGGUCAGCGUCGGGAAAUAUAUCUAUGUUGUUUCCGGUCGUGGAUUUGACCAAGAGACAUGGUCGGAGAAGGACGAAUCUGCUAUCUGUAGUUACAAUACUCGAUCGAAGGGUGACACGCGAAGAGAUACGUGCUGGGAUGUAUACCACCCCAACGUAUUUAACCCCCGGGCCAACGCUGGAGUCACUCUGCUAGGACAACAUCUGUAUUUUUUUGGCGGGAAAAGCUUCCAGAAAGACUGUGACGUCAGAACGGUGGAGUGCUAUAACGUGAAGAAACGUAAGCUUCGCGAGGCUUUCACGUUACCAGAAGGCUACAGCUAUGUGAAUGUGGACUGUGUUAAACUCAGUAUUCCAGUCAGUAACACGGACAUCAGCUUCAAUGACCUCCUCCUCUACGACAAAUGGAUCAUGUGGUGACGUCACUGACCUCAAUGAGGCUUUCUAUGAAAAGAAAACAGGGACUGAAGGAGAAUAAAUUGGGACCAGUUCUUUUAUUUUAGGGAAAUGGAUUGUGGGUUAACGUUAACGUCAUACUGCUCCCUCCCUCCCCCUUAUCCUGGGGCGGAGGGGGGGGGGGGGGGCAAAGGGUUCACUUAUGCUCUGUGGUGCAACUUGAGCAAUGAGCACAUCGGCUGUUAUUUUCUCUGGCAUCUUGUUAAUUGAAAAGCUUUAAGGUCUGAGAAUAUCGUAUGGAAAUCAUAGGUCCUGAGAAUCGGUUACGAUCUAUAUAUCUUAUUGGGCCUACCACAAUGUGUAUAAAACAUUUUAAAGAGGCUUACCCGCAGACGGACCGGUAAACGGCACAUCGAUCACUAAAUAAACUUCAGUACACGUUUCUAUGUGACAAAAUUAGA